GAGAUGUCUUUAUUCCUGCUCAGCUUCCUAGUAUUCUUAAAUUGGCAAGACGGAAUUCUCCAUACACUGUCAUCCCUAUGGAUAAUGCUGACUUUCUGGAUUACAAGUUUGUGGCUGAACAACUCCCCAUUCGACAACUGAGAAAAUUUGACACGGGGGAAAAUGUUAAUUUCACCGCAAUCAAGGAAGCAAUGGUAAAGAAAGAUGUUCCACAACUGUUUCUAAAAGCCAGCCAUCUUGCUGAUCAGUAUAACAUAUUAUCUCUGAAAAGAAACACUCUUGAAGUCCUGAAACAGUCGAAGUUUAAAGAAAGCACAAAUAUGUUAUGGGUAAUGGCGAAGCACUAUCGGCAAAAUGUGGGGUUUGAGAACCAGUGCUGCUAUGUGGACAACCACUGCGAUAAUCAGACUAAUGGUGACCUAUGGAUCUGUGGAUUGGGUCACCAAAUUUCAAGGGAUAACCACACAGGCACAGCUAAGCCAGCUACAUCGACUGCAUGUCUUAGCAUCUGGUGCUAUGCGAACAACACCAACGAGAACAAUGGAAGUGAUGCUGAACCAUUAGGAAUUUAUCUAGAACAAGUGGCUCUGGCGACAAUGAAUUCAUACAGAAAAAUGCAUUCUAAAAUUAGGACGCUACCGAAGCACAUCAGUGAAGCGAAGUUUAGCCACAGGGUACCCGUACGCUUAACUUCACUGUGUGAACAAAAACUAGAACCUAUAUCCUCCAUUGCUUUGCACAUCUCUGAUCUUAUCACAGUUCUCAAUGCUAUUCCUGCUAUUCUUGCUUAG